GCCCACUAUUUGCGUGCGUCCUGGCCUGGGUGGCGUCAGGUACAAUGUUCUAUUGCGAUGCCUCUCGAAAAUACCCCUCUGAACAGGAUGGGCAGGAAGUCGAUGACUGAAGGCAGCAUGGCUGCGAAUUGUUUGAACCGCUCUCUUGAAUGUUGUCUGGAACAACGGCAGAUAGUUUCAUGUUGAUCACUUCGUGGCCUGCCAUGCGGCGCUGUGCCGAAGUCAUGGUGGACCCAGCGGCAAGGCUAGCAUGAUCGACAGCCUUGUCACAGACGUGCGCCGACGUACGUGCCUUUGCAGUUCGUCACGCUGUCCAGCACCCAAAGAGCUUACUCCCCCACAUCCUGAACCUAAAAUAUACAGCCUUUCCCCUAGGAACAAACUUUCUUUCAACAACAUAUUCACCUGCGGCACGAUAUUACGAGCUACGCCGACUAGACGCCCGCCAUGGCUGCCGACUCGGAUGAUGAGUUCAUCGACGACAACAUGUCCGAUGACAUGCUGGACCAUGACGUGGGCGCGCCCGAUCCGGAUGACGAUCCAUCCGACCAUCCUCGUGUCCUGCACAGCUCGAAACCCUUGUCGCGUGCUCCCAAGGGUCGCAAGAAGCGCCGCGAUCGCAAAGACCAGGCGCGCGAGUGGGAGACGGCGAAGCGAUCAUGGGAGACGGACCUCCCCGACGAAGACCAGGACGGCAUCCUCAACCUCUCCGCCCUCGAAGCGGAGAAGCGAAGACGCGUGCUACGAGAUACUACGCCGCUGCAGAGGGGUAUCAUUCGACAUUUGAUCCUGGUGCUGGACAUGAGCUUUGCCAUGGAGGAGAAGGACCUGCUACCGAAUCGAUACCGUCUGACGCUUCGAUACGCGGUCACGUUCGUCCGGGAGUUUUUCGAGCAGAACCCCAUUUCACAGCUGGGCAUCAUUGGCAUGAAGGGCGGCGUUGCGGUGCGGAUCAGCGAUCUGGGUGGAAAUCCCAGUGAACACAUUGACAAGCUGCGCAAGCUGGAGGAGGAAGAGCCGAAAGGACACCCGAGUCUGCAGAAUGCGCUGGAAAUGUGUCGGGGUGCUCUCUUCCAUGCUCCGUCCCACGGCACAAGAGAGGUUCUGAUCAUCUACGGCGCAUUGCUGUCCAGUGACCCUGGCGACAUCCACGACACCAUCUCGUCCCUCAUCACCGAUCGAAUACGCGUCUCUAUUGUUGGGCUGUCGGCACAUAUCGCCAUCUGUGCCGAACUCUGCUCUCGGACCAACGCCGGCGACGAAUCCCAGUACAACGUGAUACUUGACGAGGUACAUUUCAAAGAGCUCUUUCUCGCAGCUACGACACCCCCCGUGACGCGCACGGCCGAGCAGAAUAUGGCGAGUCUGCUGAUGAUGGGGUUCCCAUCGAGGACACUGGCGCCGAGCGGCUCUGUGAGCCAUUGUGCCUGUCACUCGAAGCCGGUCAGGGAGGGUUACUCGUGCACGCGCUGCGGCGUGAGGGUGUGCCGACUGCCAGCCGAGUGUCCGUCGUGCAGCCUCACUCUCAUUCUGAGCACGCACCUGGCAAGAUCGUACCAUCAUCUCUUCCCUUUGCGGAACUGGAAAGAAGUGCCUUGGGCCGAUGCUGGCAAAUCAACCGCGUGUUUCUCGUGCAUGUGCCCCUUCCCGGAGGUCAAGUCGGGAGCAGACGGGCAAAAGUCUGGAGAGAAACAGUACAAGGGUGUCAGCGAGAGCGGACGAUAUGCGUGCGAGGUGUGCGGGAAUCACUUCUGUAUCGACUGCGACGUCUUCGCGCACGGCGUCGUACACAACUGUCCUGGGUGCCAGAGCACAGUACCAGCACAGAUAGAAGACGGAGUCAACGGGGGCCAUGAGCCCAUGGCGGUGGACGGGUGACGAGAAUACAGCAUUUACGGGUCGCAUCUGAUUGCAUUGCGUUGAGGAGUUUGGAGCAUACAGUAGUGAGCAUCACGUCCGGGGGAGACUGGGACUUUUGGGAAAU